UGAGAAACACAGAUAGGUGACGCUUGUGAGGCGGCCACCACCUCUCACCAAUUCUCGCUCUUCCCACUCUGCCACCCCAAUUAUAUAUAUUUGCGCUGCCUAGCUCCAAAAUUUAUUUUAUUUAUUCGUUCAUCCAAUUAUUACAAUAACUUCAAAACAAUCUAUGUGCGGCGGCGGCAGGCGGCGGUGGUGGAGACCAUUCUCUUCGAGGAUCAUCGCGCCGUUAAUUCUGCUCCUCCUCUGUUUGCUCGUCGCUCUGCGGGAUUCCAACACUUCUUCCACCGCCCAUCAUCUUUGGACUUGGCGCUGGCGUCCGCUCCCGCCGCCGCCGCCUCUCCAUGGUUCUGCCGCAUUCCCGCCGCCCGUCAGCGGUGGUGGAACCACCACUACUGUAGCAGCAGUAGACCCACUUCUCCCUGCACCAGCCUACAAAUACAUUAAUCACUCUUCUGCCGCUCCUCCCCUCCUAAUUACUAGUGAUAUAAAAGGGGAAGAGGUUGUGAAUCUCACAUCUGGCGUGUUUUGGCCUGAAAAGAAGUUAGAGAUGGUGGAAGCUAAACUGGGAAUAGCUAGAGCUGCAAUAAGAGAAGCUCUCCAUGGAAACCCAACAUCUGACUUUGACUAUGUUCCCAUGGGUCCGGUUUAUCGGAAUGCCAAAGUUUUCCACAGGAGUUACAUGGAAAUGGAGAAAGAGUUGAAGAUAUAUGUUUAUGAAGAAGGGGAGCCUCCGAUUUUUCACAACGGGCCUUGUAAGAGUAUAUAUGCAAUGGAAGGAAAUUUCAUUUACCAGAUGGAGAGUAGCCCAUUUCGGACAAGAGAUCCAGACAAGGCACACAUUUUCUUCCUCCCGCUGAGUGUUACAGCCAUUGUCCACUUUAUCUACGACAGAACAUCACGCAGUAGCGAGCACUGGCUUCCCAUGAAACGAACCCUCAGUGACUACAUUCAUCUCCUUGCCCACAAGUAUCCUUACUGGAAUAGAAGCUCAGGAGCUGAUCAUUUCAUGCUCGCAUGCCAUGAUUGGGGUCCUGAAAUCUCAAAGGCGGUUCCGGAGUUGUUCCAAAACUCAAUCCGAGCUCUAUGCAACGCCAACACUUCGGAAGGAUUUCGCCCUUGGAAAGACGUGUCAAUCCCAGAGAUCCUUCUGCCUGGAGGUACAAUGCACGGCCUAAUAGGCGGUCCCUCCCCAUCACGCCGCUCAAUUCUGGCCUUCUUUGCGGGGGGGCUUCACGGUCCAAUAAGGCCAAAAAUCCUAGAGCAUUGGGAGAAGAAAGAUGAAGACAUUCAAGUUCACAGGUACCUGCCCAAGGGCGUUUCGUACUAUGGGAUGCUAAGAAAGAGCAAGUUCUGCAUUUGCCCCAGCGGGUACGAGGUCGCAAGUCCCAGAAUGGUGGAGGCCCUUUACACCGGUUGUGUCCCUGUGAUCAUUAAGGACCACUAUGUUGCGCCCUUUGCUGACGUCCUCAACUGGAAGGCGUUUUCAGUUCAUGUCCGGGUGGAGGACAUCCCAAAGUUGAAGCAGAUUCUGGAGGGGAUCUCACAGCCUCAGUAUAUAAGGUUGCAGAGAAGGGGAACUUUGGUGAGACGGCAUUUUGAGGUUAACCUUCCUCCUAAGAGGUAUGAUGUUUUCCACAUGAUUCUUCAUUCCGCAUGGCUGAGAAGACUGAAUGUGAGGCUAGCUUCAACACGUUUCAAAGAACAUGCACCGCCCUGAUCUGAUCGACUCCUAGCUUGCCCAUGCUCCAUCCCAACUGUAACAUUUUUAAUUUGGACAAAUCAAGCUAAGUUUUCUUUUUUGUUUUCUUAAAGGAAAGAAAUAACUAGCAGCUUCAUUCUGUUAUGUACUUAUAUGUACAAAUAUACAAUACCUUGUAUACUGAAUGAACGUUGUUGACGGUGAAUAGAUUGAAGCCAUUUAACUUA